AUGAGAGUGUAAGGCCACAGUUGCCUCAAAGUGACCACAGACCCAGCAGGCUUUAAUGAAUAGGCAAGGCCAACCUCCACGCUCCCAGUAAAGAAGAACUGCUCAUCUGAAAUUCAUCACCCGUCUGGAGCCUUCAGACUGCCCCAGCACUGUAAAGGUCACCCGAAGCCGGCGGGGUUCCCAGCGCCUCUGGCCCUCCUGCUGCAGGCCCCGAGCACUGCUGGAAUAUGUCGGAGACCUCCUCCCACGACUCCUUCUACGAUUCCCUGUCAGACGUGCAGGAAGAAGGCAAGAAUGCCGACUUCUUCCCGGAGCUGUCUGCUUUCCUCAGUCAGGAAGAGAUCCACAAGAGCCUGGACCUGGCCCGGAGAGCCAUAGCCGACUCCGAAACAGAGGAUUGUGACUCGGAGAAGGAGAUCUCGCAGAUCUUCAGCACCUCUCGUGCCAGCCGCUGCGAAAACCGCUCUCCGCAGCAGACCACGCUGGGAGCGCCCAGCUCCUCGGCCAGCCCGCCAGACAACAGGCCGACGGCUGCGCAGCCUCCCGCCGGGCACGCCGAGAGUGUGGCGUCUCCUGGUCCCAGGAGGAAACCUACCAAGUCACCCCUGCUUGCCAGCCCCAGCUACAUCCGGAGCCUCCGCAAGGCUGAGAAGCGCGGUGUGAAAACGCCCAGCUGCGGCGUGAAGCCCAAGCCCACGCGGCCCAGGAAGGGCGGCCCUCAGGGCCAGCUGUGUGACAAGGCAGCCAACCUGAUCGAGGAGCUGACGUCCAUCUUCAGAGAAGCCGCAAAGCCAAGGACCAGAAGCCCAAACGGGGAGUCCUCAUCCCCGGACAGCGGGUACCUGUCUCCUAAGAACCAGCCGCAAGCCCUGCUGAGUGCCUCGGCCAGCCAGAGCCCCACCGAAGACCACCGCGAGCUGGAAGCCAAGGUCAAGUCACCCGAGGCCAGGCCUGGCUACCACCAGGCGGACCAGGACAAGGCGGCGCCUCGCACCUGCAGUGCGCGCCCACAGCCCCCGAUGGCAGCCCCCCUUCCAUCUGCACCACGAUUCACCCAGAAGCUGAGGAGCCAGGAAGUAGCGGAAGGAAGCCGGGUGUAUUUGGCGUGUAGAGUCACCGGAAGCCCAAUGCCGCAUGUCAGAUGGUUCUGUGAGGAUAAGGAGCUGCACAACAGUCCUGAUAUUCAGAUCCACUGUGAGGGCGGGGACCUCCACACGCUCAUCAUCGCGGAGGCCUUCGAGGACGACACAGGUCGCUACACCUGCCUGGCUACGAACCCCAGUGGCUCCGACACAACAUCCGCGGAGGUGUUCAUCGAAGGUGCCAGUUCAACUGACUCUGACAGUGAAAGUUUAACUUUCAAAGCAAAAGCUGGAGCUAUGCCACAAGCUCAAAAGAAAACAACUUCUGUUUCCUUAACAAUUGGAUCAUCAUCUCCAAAGACAGGAGUGACUACGGCUGUGAUUCAGCCCCUGUCUGUCCCUGUUCAGCAGGUCCACAGUCCAACUUCGUAUCUCUGCCGACCCGAGGGGACUGCGGCUGCCUACUUUCCUCCUGUUUUCACCAAGGAGCUGCAAAACACAGCAGCGUCCGAGGGCCAGGUGGUGGUCCUGGAGUGCCGGGUCCGGGGCGCGCCCCCUCUGCAGGUCCAGUGGUUCCGCCAAGGGAGUGAAAUCCAGGACUCUCCAGAUUUCAGAAUCCUACAGAAAAAACCUCGAUCUACAGCUGAACCUGAGGAGAUCUGCACCCUGGUAAUCGCUGAGACUUUUCCUGAAGAUGCAGGCAUCUUUACAUGCUCUGCAAGAAAUGAUUACGGCUCCGUAACCAGCACUGCCCAGCUGGUUGUCACCUCCGCCAACUCUGAAAACUGUAGCUAUGACUCAACGGGUGAAUCCAACAACGACCAUUUCCAACACUUUCCACCUCCCCCUCCACUGUUGGAGACAAAUUCCUUUGAGUUGGCUUCGAAGAAACCAUCUGAGAUCCAGCAGGUGAACAGCCCAGACUUGGGACUUAGCAUGGCAGCCCUUCAAAUGCAAUUCAGUUCUGCGGAGAGGGAAACUAACGGUGUCCAUCCCGGCCAUGGAGUAAACGGACUGAUGAAUGGCACAGCUAACAGUCAUAAAUCUCUUCCAACGCCAGCUGUCCUGCGUUCACCCACUAAGGAGCCACCACCUCUGCUUGCCAAGCCCAAACUGGACCCGCUGAAGAUCCAGCAGCUCCAGAACCAGAUCCGCCUGGAGCAGGAGGCCAGCGCUCGGCAGCGCAGCGCGCCGCCCUCGCCGCCCUUCCCGCCGCCGCCCGCCUUCCCCGAGCUCGCGGCCUGCGCGUCGCCCGCCUCUCCGGAGCCCAUGAGCGCGCUCGCCUCCCGCUCCGCCUCCACCAUGCAGUCCUCCGGCUCCUUCAACUACGCGCGCCCCAAGCAGUUCAUCGCGGCGCAGAACCUGGGCCCGGCGUCGGGCCACGGCACGCCGGCCUCCAGCCCCAGCUCGUCCAGCCUCCCGUCGCCCAUGUCUCCGAUCCCAAAGCAGUUCGGCCGCGCGCCCGUGCCGCCCUUUGCGCAGCCCUUCGGCGCCGAGGCCGAGGGCCCCUGGGGCCCGUCCUCGCCGUCGCCGCCGCCGCCGCCGCCUCCGGUCUUCAGCCCCACGGCCGCCUACCCGGUGCCCGACGUGUUCCCGCUGCCGCCGCCCCCACCGCCGCUGCCCAGCCCGGGCCCGGCCCCGCACUGCGCCGCGCCCGCGGCCCGCUUCGGCCACAGCCAGACACCAGCGGCCUUCCUCAGCGCCCUGCUACCCUCGCAGCCGCCGCCGGCCGCCGUCAACGCCCUGGGGCUGCCCAAGGGCGUCACCCCCGCGGGAUUUCCAAAGAAGGCCGGUAGAACGGCUAGGAUAGCCUCCGACGAGGAGAUUCAAGGCACGAAGGAUGCCGUCAUUCAAGACCUGGAACGCAAACUGCGCUUCAAGGAGGACCUCCUGAACAAUGGCCAGCCGAGGUUGACAUACGAGGAGAGAAUGGCUCGGCGGCUGCUGGGUGCUGACAGUGCGACCGUCUUCCACGUUCAGGAGCCCGAAGAGGAAAGUGCUAACCAGGGCGCCGGGUCUCCUCCCGCUUCGGUAGGGAGUCCCCUGGACGGUCAAAAGGAAUACAAAGUAUCCAGCUGUGAGCAGAGACUCAUCAGUGAAAUAGAGUACCGGCUAGAAAGGUCUCCCGUGGAUGAGUCUGGUGACGAAGUGCAGGGCGGGGACGUGCCUGUGGAACACGGAGUGGCCCCGUUCUUCGAGAUGAAGCUGAAACAUUACAAGAUCUUCGAGGGGAUGCCUGUAACUUUCACAUGUAGAGUGGCCGGAAACCCAAAGCCAAAGAUCUAUUGGUUUAAAGAUGGGAAGCAGAUCUCGCCCAAGAGUGAUCACUACACCAUUCAGAGAGAUCUCGACGGGACCUGCUCUCUCCACACCUCGGCCUCCACCCUGGACGAUGACGGCAAUUACACCAUCAUGGCUGCAAACGCUCAGGGCCGCAUCAGUUGUACUGGACGGCUAAUGGUCCAGGCUGUCAACCAAAGAGGCCGCAGCCCUCGCUCUCCCUCAGGCCAUCCUCACGUCAGAAGGCCUCGCUCUAGAUCCAGGGACAGCGGAGAUGAAAAUGAGCCAAUUCAGGAGCGAUUCUUCAGACCUCAUUUCUUGCAGGCUCCUGGAGACCUGACUGUUCAAGAAGGAAAACUCUGCAGAAUGGAUUGCAAGGUCAGUGGGCUGCCAACUCCAGACCUAAGCUGGCAACUCGACGGAAAGCCAAUACGUCCCGACAGUGCUCACAAGAUGCUUGUGCGAGAGAACGGGGUGCACUCUCUGAUCAUAGAGCCAGUCACGUCGGGAGAUGCCGGCAUCUACACGUGUAUAGCCACCAACCGGGCAGGACAGAACUCCUUCAGCCUGGAGCUUGUGGUUGCCGCUAAAGAAGCGCACAAGCCCCCCGUGUUUAUUGAGAAGCUGCAGAACACAGGAGUCGCUGACGGGUACCCAGUGCGGCUGGAGUGCCGUGUUUCGGGAGCACCACCGCCUCAGAUAUUUUGGAAGAAAGAAAACGAAUCACUGACACACAGCACUGACCGAGUGAGCAUGCACCAGGAUAAUCACGGCUACAUCUGCCUGCUCAUUCAGGGAGCCACGAAAGAGGACGCUGGAUGGUAUACUGUGUCCGCCAAGAACGAAGCCGGCAUCGUGUCCUGCACGGCCAGGCUGGACGUUUACACCCAGUGGCAUCAGCAGCCACAGAGCACCAAGCCCAAAAAAGUGCGGCCCUCAGCCAGUCGCUACGCAGCACUCUCGGACCAGGGACUGGACAUCAAAGCCGCGUUCCAGCCUGAAGCCAGCCCGUCGCACCUGACACUGAACCCCGGCUUGGUAGAGAGUGAGGACCUGUGAGCUGCAUUCUUGUUGGCGGCAGAAACACGGAGACAGCCUUUGCCUUGACCAACACGGUCCUCUGUCGUGUUAUGUAAAAGGCAGAGGUGUAUCUCUGACUAUACGAAAUAAACAAACAACACCAAAAUAAUAUUUUUCUUACUUGAUAUACCAAACUUAGCGGUGAAGUAGGUAAUGCUAAUAGAAAUGUACACGUUGCACAGGAAAUUCACAUUUACUGUCCAGUGUAAAACUUUUGGAAUUGCUGUGAUUAAAGUGGUUGAAAUGCCAAAAUGCUAAAGGAAAUCCAUCUCUUCCUAGGAAACCACAAUGUACAUUAUCUAGAAGUGCCUUUAAACACAAGCUGUAGGUGCUACAAAGCAUGACAGUGUGACGUUAAGUUUAACAUGUGGCAACUGUACCACAAAUACGGCUACAAGGAUUCUCAAGUGCAGUGUAUUCAGACAUCUACAGUGAACCAAGUGCAAUAAUGUAAAGAGGAAAUAACAAAGAAAUCCAAGUAAAUGCCUUGUCUUUGCAAAUCGUUUUAUAGGAAGUCCUAAGGAAGGAACUACUUGCAUUAAAUUGUAUUCAUAUCAAGUUUUUUUUUUUUUUUACAAGAUCAAUAUCUUAAUCCAUAACCUUUUUUUCUUUAUGUGUAGUAUUUUCUUUUCAUGCUACCUUGGUAGAAAGCUUAUUUACAAACCAUAUUAAAAGGUUAAUUUAAACAUAAAUAAUAUAAAGUAUUCUGAAUAAAGCAGAAAUAUAUUACAGUCCAUUCCAUGACAGGCAUCUAAACCACCAAAAUGACCAAGGUAUUAUAUAAGGAUUAGGAGGAAACGAGGGUGUGGAAGGAGUAGGGAGGAGAAUGAAGGAAAAUGCUACCAGCACAAGUUUUAUUGCAUUCAUCUAGAGAUAAGUGGCAAGGGCCAGGCUUUUCUUUGGUUUUCUUCAAAAUUAGUCUUAAAAUCUAGGUGAAAAAAACACUGCCAUUCACAAGUCAAGGAAUCUAGGGUCAGCUGGAAGUUCGGAGCACAUGUGUUACGGAGAUUUCAGUGUGUCUGAAGUUUGUGUAGUAGCUGAAGAUGUUAGAUGUGUAGAGCAAGUUGAAAAAGGAUUGAGAUUGAAAGAGUGGCAUAAACGAGCAGCUGCCUAUAGGAUCUAGUCUACUUGAGGGAAAUGGAGACUUGAGAAGAGACAAAAACAGGUGUGUGCCAUAUUUGUAUUUUUUCCAACGGCACCAAGGAAUAGUGAGUGGAAGUUAUUGUUCACUUCCCUGCUGCCAUGAAACCUUGCCUUAAGAAGGUGCUGGGUUCCAAGCCGUCUGUAAAGGCAUCUCAGCAAAGACUGCUUUUUGAAUGCAUAUGAAUUCUGCGUCAGCUAGACGGAGUUGACUGUGACCAGACUUUAUGGUUUUAAGUCGGAACCAAUAAAUUUUAAAAAGAAAAAAUAAUCUGACCUAAUGGUAUAAAACAUGAGGCUUUAAUGGUACUUUGCUAUGAAAAGAAAACACUGUAUUCCUUAUGCAAAACACAUAUAUCUUUCAUUAUUUAUAAUAAAAGUAUUGAACUCUUAGCUCAGUUACUCAAUUCAUAUGUAGUAUUUUUUAAAAUAAUUUUCUAUCUGUGUACCACCCCAUGUAUUUCAUAUUACUGCUUCACAUGUACAGCUUUCUACUUCUUUGUGAGAACACCAACCAACCAAGUUUUAAAUGACUAUAGGCUUGAGCACUGGGUGGCAGAUGUUCUAUGCAGCGUGGUACAAGUUUCUUUGACCACACUUAUAUGCGUUGCUAAUAUGCAAUUUAAAAUACCAUACAAAGUCUCUCAUGGACCUAUCUGUAUUGUAGAAUUAUGACUUAUGUCAUAUCUUACUUGCCAAAUUUUUUCUGAAUGUGACUUUUGCUAAUUUUCUGGGUUUGGGAUUAACUAGCAUUAUUUUGCCACCUUUUACAUUGUAUUUAUAAAAAGAAAAGUACUAUCAUACUACUUUGGAUUGUUGUGCUGGUGUAAUGUGGAUUUAACAUCAAUAAAUAUUUAACAAACAGUAGUUGCAAUUUUGUGAAGCAAAAUACUUAGUUUUACUGCUGCUGUAAUAAAUUAGCCAACUUAGAA